CGGAGGUCGCUUUGGUGAGGUGGACAAGCCCCAUGGAGGAAGGUGAGAGCGGCGGAGCCGUCAAGGCCACCUUGGAGGUAGCGAAGGACCAGAGCGCCGACGGCAAGGGCGACCCGGCCGCCGCGCCCCCUCUCCUCCAAAAGCCCCCCUACUCCUACGUCGCCCUCAUCACCCUGGCUCUCCGAGACAGCCCCGAGCAGCGCUUGCCCCUCAGCGGCAUUUACCACUACAUCUCCCAGCGCUUCCCUUACUACCAGCUGAGCCAAAAGGGCUGGCAGAACAGCAUCCGCCACAACCUCAGCCUCAACGAGUGUUUCGUCAAGGUGCCCCGCCAGGGAGCCGAGCGCAGGGGCAACGACUGGGUCCUGGAUCCGGCCUUUGAGGGCAUGUUCGAGGGGGGCAACUACAGGCGACGGAGGCUCAUCCGGAGGCGCUCGCCGGAUCUUUCCCUUGUGUCUGCCCCGCCGGCUUUAGCUUGUUUCACCUGCCCUGAGACACCUGCGCCUUAUUUCUUCCCUUACCAUCCUUACAGUGAGAGGCCGCCGCCGCCUCCUGCCUGUCUUUUGGCCGGCUCCGGUGUGGGGCAGCCCCCCCACCCUUACACGAUGAGCAACGGCAGUCCUCCAGGUGUGGGGCCGGUCACCGGCUACGGACCCUACCCCAAAUUCCUGCUUCCCGGCGGGGCGGCGCAGCAGCCUUUGAGUUCCGUUGCCGGAGGAUCCGUCGGUUCUUUCCAGCCGCCGCCGGACCUGCCCCGUUUCCACUGCUGGAAUUGGUAGGAAAGAUCCUGUGUCCGGAUGGAC